AUGCCCGCACUUUCUCCAGCCUUGCUGGGGGCCACUCUAGCUGGCCGAGAGGCCAUGGCCACCACCGCGAACACUACCAACGAAGCUCUCCAUGUUGUAUGUGCAUGGCCACUGUCUGGCGCCCUCGAUAUGGACGUCUACGGAGCAUUCCAGCUAUGUUCGGUCGGUGUCCUGGCCGCACCAGUGACAGCCAGGAUGUCUCAUACGUACUCCCAUGCUACCGGUUCAAAUAUCAUCUUCUUUUGGACCGGCCUCAUUCUUGCAGGACUAUUGAGCUUGACGGUCGAGUUCUUCCGCACUGAUGCCUCCGACUGUCUGCACGAUGAUUCUGGCGGCCCAAUCUCCCCCAGCGCUAGCAAAUUCCAGUACAACAGCCAGUGCGGCCUCACCUGCACGAUCGAACUAGGCCCGCACUCCCCGCUGCGAGGGGGCUCGGCUAAUAACAUCUAUGUGAUACCUGCUCCAGACAGGCUCACCUUUGGCACGGCCGUUCUCCUCGCAUCUGCCUGCUGCAUCCCCGCCAUCCUUUCGCUGAUCUCCAUGUGGAACAAGGUCUUGGAGAUCAAUGGGAAGAAUCGCUUCAGUGAUCGAAACAAGGAAGAUGAGCUUGACGAGCCGAUCUCUGGCACCAACGGUGCCACUCUGAAGAAGAUGAGGGCAAUCAACAGCGCAAUCAGCCGGUUUCUGGAGGCCGUGCAGAUCCCCAUGACGGGUGCUGCAGUACUAGCUAUCGUCAUUACGGGUGAGAGGAACUUCUUUAGUCCUCAGGUCCUGUACCAGACCGAGCCUAUCGCCAGUAUCGGCCAGUGGGCCCCGAUUGCCGGCACCGCACUCGCCGUUUUGGGCUCGCUGUACGUCGUUCUGGCCGUAAAAUGGCAGGCUGUCAAGUGUGAAGCGGACCCAAAAGCUCCCGUGAAACAAUGCACAUGCGGGACCGAAGGACACGGCCUUGGCCUGUUUCCAAGUCUCUCCAUUACGACCGCCGCUGGGAACGCCCCAGUCCUACACCGCGGUCCUUCAGAUGGUGAUGGGAGUGCCUUGGCGCAGCCUGUGCGUAGCGCUGAUGAGCCUCCUUUGGACCAAGAUCCGCAAAACGACGUUCUGGAAGGACAGGAUGCGGGGAACAGACUGAAAGUAGCCAACGCUUUGAACAAGAUUGUCCGUUACAUCGGCACAGCCUCACACGACCGAUCAGAUGUCUGGGAGUGGAGGAAUGGACUCGCGGGAGGCUACCCCCUCACUCCAGGGGAAGAGUUUUUAGAUGCCGGAAGAGUUCGGAAAAUCAUAAAGCACGACAGUCAGGGCCGGAGAGCCGACGGGAGCGUUUCUCCCAUGCAUCGCGCGCAGUCUCCGAGCCCACGGAGCUUGAACGGCAGCAUGACUUCCAGAAAUGGUCUUGAAGGUAGCUCGACGACGCCCAGAGGAGCCUCGCCUCAAUCGCCACAAUCUCCGGACGGGGUGCUACCUAUCUUAUCGCCUACGACAUCUCCAACAACGGAACCUGGGACAGUGUCGACGGGACGAACUUUGUCCGAGUCGACCGUAACUAGGCCCCAUCAGCGACGGGACACGCUUCAGGUGCCACCGACGAGCUUUCACAGUCCUACGCGGGAGACCUAUUCCGGCCCCUCGAGCGCGAAUAUGCCUGAGGGGCAGACUUCACCCACUAUCGUGAUCUCGCCCUCCCUCGACACACGCUUCCCUGCAGAUGGAAUGUUUGGCGAGCCACGAACACUGCCUUGA